AUGGCAGAUGUACUGCUUGGGGUCGCCAACUCCUUGGUGCAGGGGACCAUAGCCAAGGUACAGUCAGCGAUAGAGGAGUCGUCAAAGCUGCAGCAGAGUGCACAGGAUGACUUGGUGUUUAUUGUUGGUGAGUUUGAGAUGAUGCAAUCCUUUCUCAGCUCCACCACUAAGAACGUCACGAACAACGUCGUGGGCACCUUUGUGGCUCAGGUACUUGACCUUGCCUACGACGUGGAAAACAGCAUCGAGUUCGUUGUUCACUUAGACACCAUAUGUCUGAAUCAGACCGAUGAUGAGGCUGUUGGCAUCAUAGCGCAAAUGAAGGUGAGAGUUCAGGAUGUGAUCCAGAGGAAGGAGCGCUACACACUUAUCAGCGAUUCUGGUGGCCCCAAUCCUGUCAUGGAGAUGAAGCAGCUGCACAACGUCAGUUCAUCGUUUGACAUGCUCGCUGAAGCAGGGAGCAGAGCCAUGAAUCAACGAGACAUGGAUGUACCUGCUAAUAAUGCCCUAAUUGGACGCACAUCAGAUAUCAAUCAACUUGCUGGGUAUCUAGCUAAAGCACGUAUAAACGAAUUGCAUGUGAUGUCCGUGUGGGGGAUACCUGGAUCUGGGAAAUCUGCUCUUGUUAGAAAUUUGUACCACGAAAUGGCACACCUAUUUGAGGAGCAUGGCUGGGUGGACAUAUCCCAUCCAUUCAAUUUAAAGGAUUUCUCUCGGAGCCUACUUUUCCAGUUUAAUUCACAUUCACUCGAAGCAAAUGAAGCUAUAGGCCCUGUUGAACAGUGUCGCAACCUUCUAAAAGAUCGCAGGUGCCUUGUCGUUAUUGAUGAUGUAGAUCUACAGCUCACACAAGAAUGGGGCAAGAUACGAGCUGCCUUGCUAUCAAGACCUACUAAAAGUGUUAUUAUCGUUAUUACAAAUGAAGAAAAAAUUGCCUUCCACUGUGCCGACAGAAAAGAUCUUGUCUUUAAUGUCAAAGCUUUAAGUGUCGAGGCAGCCAUUGAUCUCUUCAAAAUGAAGGCGCAUGUGUCCAGCGCGGAUGUGUCCAGCGCGGAUGUGGUCGAUCACCAUGCACUCCUCAGAUUGAGCGCUGGACACAUGCGCCUACGGCAGCCCCACAUGACAAAAUCUCUCAUGGUUGCCUAG